GCCUCACUCACUGAGUACAUUCCUCAGCCUCACUCACUUCAAUUUUGCAGUCAGAUUAUUAUAGCAUCAUUCAUUCAAUUUCAUCCUUCAUCCUUGUAUUCAGCAGUGGUGUGGGUUGUAGAUUUACGGACAAUCGAAAGAAAUUUAUUUAUUUUGGUAGUUCAAAGAGAAUAUAAUAUUUAAUUUUCAUCUGUUUCACUUAGAUCCCCAGUUAGUGUAGUGAGAAUUUAAUGCUUGCAGAAAAAAUGAUAUAAUAAAAAAGAAACAAAAUGAUUAACUCUGAUGCACAGUCACAGAUUGGUUUCCAUCAGCAUGAAAGACAAAGUGGAAGUAAUAAGUGGAAUCCAAAAAUGGAUACUUCAAUAUUCAUUACAGAACACCAACAAACAAUAUCUCAUAAGAAUAUUAUUAGGAAAUGGAAUCGUCUGUCACGGCUACAAAGGUCGUUAGUUUAUGCUUUUUUAUUAAUAGCCAUUACUGUAUUAAUAUUGUUGUACUCUUCAAAACUAAGUACAGAUAUAAAUAAGGAUGAAAAUAGAAAAUUAGUUCAAGAACCUGUAAAAAAUGUGUCUCUAGUCAAUGAGUCAGAAGCCGUUGCAGCAAAACCUGUAAAGGCUGUUAUUGAGAAUGAAUUCAAUGAGAGGCCUGCGUUCACAGGGCCAGGCAAUGCAAGACAGUAUGCUGUUGUCCAAAGUUUUAAACAUGCCUGGAGAGGCUACAAGGAACACGCAUGGGGGCAUGAUAAUGUGAAACCUGUAUCAGGGAUGGCAUUUGAUUGGUUCUCCCUUGGACUGACCAUAGUUGAUGGUUUAGAUACUGCAUACAUUAUGGGAUUGACUGAAGAAUUUGAAGAAGGUAGACAAUGGAUUAAAGAUAACCUGGUAUUCACUAAGAAUAAAGAUGUGAAUUUUUUCGAGGUCACCAUUAGAGUCCUUGGUGCUUUACUGAGUAAUUAUCACUUUACACAAGAUGAGAUGUUCCUUGACAAAGCGAAAGAUCUAGGUGAACGCCUGAUGGCUGGAUUUUCAUCACCAUCUGGCAUUCCGUAUUCGGAUGUAAAUUUGGGUACUAGAACUGCACACGCUCCAGAAUGGUCCCAUUACAGUACUACGGCAGAAGUCACCACUGUGCAACUGGAAUUCAGAGAACUAUCGAGAGCUUCGGGCAAUCCAGCAUUUGAGGAUGCUGCAACGACCGUUUCGGAAAAGAUUCACCAGUUACCCAAGAAGCAUGGUCUCGUGCCCAUAUUCAUUAACCCGAACACUGGACACUUUCUACCACACGCUACUAUUACUCUGGGCGCAAGAGGUGAUAGCUACUAUGAAUACUUGCUGAAACAAUGGCUGCAAACUGGCAAGACCGUGAAUUAUUUUCUGGAUGAUUAUAUGACGGCGAUAGAAGGAGUGCGGGAGUUUUUAGCAAAACGCUCGUCCCCCAAUAAAUACCUGUUUAUUGGGGAAUUAUCGGCUGGCUCAGAGUCAUUCAACCCCAAAAUGGACCAUCUGACUUGCUUCUUACCAGGAACCUUGGCUUUGGGCCACGCAAACGGUUUGCCAGAUUGGCACAUGACUAUGGCUGAAGAAUUACUGUACACUUGUUAUUUGACAUACGCUGCGCAUCCUAGCUUUCUAGCGCCGGAAAUAACGCAUUUCAAUCUGGCCAGUACCACAGAUGAUAUGUACACAAAGACAGCGGACGCACAUAGUUUGCUGCGGCCAGAGUUUGUGGAGAGUCUAUGGUAUAUGUAUCAGCUUACUGGCAACACUACCUUCCAGGAUUGGGGCUGGCAAAUAUACCAGAGUAUUGAGAAACACGCCAAAGUGCCCAACGGUUACACUUCACUCAACAACGUAAAAUCUGAGAAGCCGCUACAAAGAGACAUGAUGGAAACUUUCUUCCUUUCAGAAACGCUCAAGUAUCUGUACCUUUUGUUCAGCGACGACAGAUUCAUUAUAGACUUAAACAAAUACGUGAUUAAUUCUGAGGCUCACCCUUUGCCCAUACAUAAAAAUUGACUUAGAUAAUAUACAAAUAUAGCAAAUUGUUAUUAUUAAAACACCACGCUGGACUAGGUUUACUUGCUGAAAUUUUGCUAAUCUCAAUUUAACUUAAACUAGUUUAAGCUGAUUUACUGACGUUUUGACAUUAUUCUAUGGGCUAAAUCUAGGUAGUUAAUUAAAUGAAGAUUUAGGAGAACUGCAAGUGGAUCUUAGUCCUAAGCACUAAGCGAUAUUAAAGAAACUAUCGAGCUAUUUGUCCUUUUCGCCUAAACAGUGCCUGCAGUAAGUUAGAGCAGGACGGCGAAUCCUAUGAGCUCGAUAUUGUACAGUACUUACAUAAUAUUACGCCCUUACAGGCUAUUUUAAGAUUAAAAUAUAGGUCCAUGGUAUUAGCGUGAAAAUUUUAAAGGUUGAAUGGUAGCCAAUUGUACUAAUUAGUAUUUUGUUAACGUUGCUUUUGUUAAAUCUACAUAGUGAUGUACAGUACCCUGCCAUUUAUAAGUCGCAUCGAGCUUUAGAAAGAGAUACUCGGUUAGCUUCGGCUUCGUAUAGCGCCGUCUCUGUCACUCUUGUCAACCUGACCUUUAGUCGCUGACUUGUCAAUCGUAGUUCAACGUCGCUAAAGAACAGUCGCGUUCUUCUUAAAAUAUAUAUACAGAGUUGCUAAAACAGAUAUAAAUAUAAAUAUUUCGUGAAAGAAAGAAAAAAAAUUAAGUCCGAUGAUGGCAGUAAUUAUUUUAUGAGAGGCUUCGCAUAUCUAUUACUUUUUUGUAUU